AUGCAGCAGGAUCCGUAUGUGCCUGUGACUACAGAGGCUGUGACUACAAUGAUGGCGCUUUAUACGGAGAAGGGCGAGGUGGAUAAGGCUUUAGCGCUCGCCGAGGAGAUGCGGGAGGUUUAUCUCGCUGGCAGGGGAGCUUAUAACGAGGACGGGAGCCGGGCUUAUAACGAGGGCGGGACGGCGGCCGGGAGGAGCGCGAGAGACGGGCCGUUUCGGCCCGACGCGACGUUCUACAGCGUGGUUUUGCAGGCGUGUCGCGAGUGCGGAUUGGUGGAGGAAGCAAGAAGGGCGUAUGCAGGUAUGCAGAGGGAUGGAGUGGUUUUAACUGAGAACAGCGUGCGGCAGCUGGCAGGUCUGUUUGCAGAAAAGGGCGGGCGGGGAGGGGAGAAGGGAGAGGUUGGGAAUUCUGGGUCGGCUGUAGCGGGGACGGCUGAAAUGGAUCCGGCUGUAGCAGAAGUGGAGGCGUUACUAGCAGAUGCGAGAGCAGCCGGGAUUUACCUUGGCGGCCGUGCCAGCGGCGGCGGCCGAAGCAAGGGGUCAGGUUCGGAUGAGUAUCUUGGUCUGGGUGUCGACCUGAGUGGGUUGAGUGCGGUUCCUAUUAAGGCACCUGCCACUCCUUCAGCUUCUGAAUCUCCUUCAGAGGUAUGGUCAACCACCCCCACAUCACCAUCACCAGCAACAGCAACCGCACCAGCCGCAGCAGCAGCAGCAGCAGCAGCAGAAGCUGACGAAGCAGGGGAAGCAGCAGCAGAAGCAAGGACAGGAGUAGCUAUGUACACUGCAAUUAUCCACGGGUUUGGCAAGGGGGGCCGUUUCGACCUCUCAGCACACUACUUCAAAAAAAUGCUCGCGGCAGGAAUUGAACCCGACACCCGCAUGGCCAUUGUCUUCCUCGACCUGCUGGGGUACACCUCCCCUAAAAAGAUUCUGGAGGUGCCCGAAAAAGGUUUCGACAAAGUCGACAAAGAAAUGAGCACUGAGAGGGUGAGGGACGAUGCUCCUGUGCGGGCGAGGCAGGGGAUGGUAGCUGCAAGGAAGCUUCUCCUGGGCUGCUUGAAAGAGGUUGACCCACGCAUUCAUGAGCUGGUGGUGGUGGGUUUGGGGGGGGCACUGGAGAAGGAGCCCCUCUGCAACAACCUUCUCUCUCUGCUCUUCCUUUUCAACCGUCGCGAUCCCGCUGUUGCCGUCCUUAAAGCCGUGGUCAGCACGCGCCAGAUCGCACGGCUGUUCUCGCGCGAUUGGCCCCGCUGGACACUGCAUCUCUCGGGGUUGUCCUAUCACGGCGCACAGGUGGCGCUGCGCUAUUGGCUGGAGCUGGUGGCAGGGGCGGUGGAGGCGGGGAAGAGGUUACCGCGUGAGAUGGAGAUAGAGGUUGGGGUGGGGCGGUCAAGGAAGAGGCAUUUGAGAGGUGCAGUGAUUCCGGAGCUGGCUAGGCUCGGGUCGCCGUUCCAAAGCGACGAGGAUCGGCCGAGGCUGCUGGUGGCUAAGGGUGCUGAGCCGCGCGGGACCGGCGGCGGCGGCGGCGGCGGCGGCGGCGGUGGCGUGGGAGGAGGGGGCGCGGGGGGAACAGCGGCGUACCCGAUUGGAUUGUCGUACGGCCCUCCGAGCUACUUCCCGUCCGACCCUGCGGCGGUGCUUGCUUCGGCAGGCGUUCCGGACCACAUCGCGAGCAUCGGUCGCCAGGGCACGGGGUCGAGUCUAACCGAGUCUAGCCGAGACGACGAGUCGCAGUCGCAGUACUCCGAGACCACUUCGCAGUCGCACACGGAUUCGCGAGCUUCGCCAUUGUCGUCAAACUACAAUUCGGAUCCCGCUCCAAUCUCGACGACCACCUCUUAUACCGCGUACGCACAGUCCGGUGCAGGCUACUCCGGGUACACUUCAUCUGGAUACACUCCAUACUCUGCUUAUACACCAUCUGGCUACACUACCCAAUCCAGCUACACUCCAUCGGCUUAUACCCCCGGGCCUCAAUCAUCAGCCUACACUCAGUCAGCAGUGUACACUCCAUCCGCGUACACCCCAUCGCCGUACCCUUCUGGCUACACCCCAUUCUCGGCAUACAGUACAUCAGCGUAUGGAGGAUCCGCUUACACUCCUUCCGCUUACAGCCUUCAAACGGGUGAAACCGCAGCGGCGCCUUCUGAAGGGGAAUUGAGCAGGGUUUCUACUGUAACGGAUGGAGACUCGACGAGUACAAGCACAAACGGGGAAGCACAAUCGGGUACAACACCGUCUACAGUACAGUCAGCCUACACUCCUACGUCCACAGUACAAACACGUGAUACUGGUCCUUUAACAGCAGGCACUGUACCCAUGUAUCCGCGCUCCUCAUCAGUAACGAGUUCUGCUGUGACGGGUACUGAUGCUGAAGUUACGUCAUCCUCUUCAUUCUAUACCGAGUUCGCUCCAGGUGCUGCCACUGCCGCUUAUGCAGCCGCUUAUGCCGCCCGUGCUGCCGUCCAGGUUGCCGCCCAGGCUGCCGCCCAAGGGGCAGCUCAGGAUAUCACUCCAGGUGCUGCAACAGCCGCUUAUGCCGCCCGUGCUGCUGCCCAAGCUGCCGCCCAAGGGGCAGCUCAGAAUAUCGCUCAAGUCAACGUUGGUCCUAUGCACCCUAUGGCAGGCAGUACUGGCGCAGAGCACAUGGGAAUGGUGUACACAUCAGCGGAGGAGUAUGGUUAUGUGUUGCCGCAUUCAUACACUCAGUAUGAUGCAGCUGGUAUGAUGGUUCCGGGACAACCAAUGGACGUUGAGAGUCAUGAUGGAGCCACAUCUGGGGGCGUGCUUGCUACCGGAGAUGGUGCUGUAGAAGGCUCUACUAAACUACCGGAGAAGCGCUUGUCGGACAAGGACGAUGGCGCUUCGGUUAGUUCCGACCGUAAAUGCAAGGAUGUGCGCGCUUCUGCUACUCUCGCUUCUUGCGCUAACAAGCGCUCCUUAUUGUCAGGUACCAGUUACGCAAAUGGUUUAUUGUCGACCACAAUCAUAUGCCUGUCCGCUCGCAUGGUUCGUCUUGGUCUGAAGAAGUUCUUUGGCUGGACGUAUGGCGCUCAAAAGUGGCAAGGGCGCCCCGUCAAACCCGGAGAUAUUCUUGUGUUUCGUUGGCUUGGCCAGCAUGACCUUCAAUGGCUCGAAAAUAAAGCUGCAUAUGAUAAUUGUGAUAGGUCUCAAGCUCUGCAACUUCUAAGCCCAAGAUUCUACGGGGUGUACAAGUUUGUGGUCCCUACACAAAGCAGAAAAAAGUACAGCCUGUACUUUGCAUCUCUAACAGGGCAGGACUCAAGGGACUAUUCGUUCGCAGCAGCAGAUUCAGGAAGAACUUCGUGCACGCUCCAUCCGCUAUCGCGACUUCGGCGUCGAUUCAAAAGGUCGCGCGCGGAGAUGCUCCUCCGCGCCAGUCCCCGAAUCUCCGCACCAGCGCCUCCGACUGGCGCGAUUUGCGCGUACGGAGACGAUGGCGCGAGCCGCUCAACUCGUGCGCCCCCGCAUUUGCCGGUUCCGCGGAAAGCGGUGAGCUCUGCGCGCUCUCAGAGUCUCGCGGCUUGCAGCAGAGGCGGAGCGACGAGGCAUCCGCGCAAGCAUUCGCUUUCUGCCACGCGAGUUGCUGACGUGGAUGCAACGCCCAUCGACGACGGCAGCAGCGAGCGGAAACGGCUUGAGGAGUUGCGGGAACGGGGGGGGCAGAUAGAUCAGGGGGAGCACGGGGAACAGAGUUCUAAAGACGGAGAUGAAACGGGGACGGAUGGGCCGUACGUGUCACAGUACGACGCGGUGUUAGCAGAACUUGACACGUUUCCCCUCGCUGAAGCCGCCAGGUUUAGACGCGUCUUGCACGAGUUAUCACUCAAAUACCCCAAGCGCCACGUCAGCAUAGGCUCUAUAGCGAGCCAGAAUCUCUUAAUCCUUAGCCAUCUGUCUAACGGCGCACUCUCGGAUAAACAGCUUCUGACUAUUUUCCACCGGAAUCCGUCGCUCUUCCAGACGGACUUCAAUUCCCUCACCAUGCAGAAGACGGCUUUAUUUAAGGAGUACGGCAUCUCGCCGCUUAGUCUUCUACGCGCCGCGACUCGCGCUUGCGUCUUUUCCGUCUCAGAGGAUACUCUCGCAGCCGCUUUACACUAUAUGCGCUCCGAGCUGGGCGUUAAGAGAAUAGACAAGGUCGUUCAGAGUUUCCCGUUUGUUUUAAACCUGACCGUACCGACCUUACAGGAAAAAGUUCGGCAGCUGGAGCUGGCUGGUUUAACCCCUGUUGCGGAUAUUCUCGAAACUUCCCCUUUUGUUUUGGGGGGUAGAGCGUCGGAGAUCCAGCGGAAGGUUUUGCUGAUACAGUCGAUUCUGGGGGACAAAAACGGGGAUAUGCUGUACUACUUGCGACGGUACCCGCAGCUGCUUUUAGUGAAGCACGAAACGACGGAAGCGACUUAUAAAGGGAUGGUGGAGUAUUUUGGGGAGGAACAAGCGCGCCGAUUCUUGAUGCGUCAGCCGUUGUUGCUCGGGCAAAAUUGGGACAGCAUGGUUGUGACUCUAACGAAUUUGACCAAUCUUUUUGGGCGGGAAACCGCGGUUCGGAUGAUGAACCAGAUGCCGCUGGUGAUUGCGUUUACAUGGGAAACCCUGGAAUCGAAGAUUCGAUUCGUUGUGGAGGAUAUGGGGCGGGGGCUUGGUGACGUGGCGAUGUGGCCGGCGCUGCUGACGCGGAGCGUGGAGAAGAGGCUCCGUCCUCGUUAUAAGCUGCUGCUGGAAGCGGGUAAGGCGGAGAAGUACGGGCUUGGGUACAUGUUUGGAUGCAAGGAUGUGGAUUUCGAAAAGAGAUUUGGACUGAAGCUGCCAAAGAACCGAGGGGAGGAAGAGGAGGAGGGGAGCAAGGAGGGGGGAGAGGAGAAAACGGAUGGGGAGGAGGGAAAUGAGGAAGAGGAGGAAGAGGCGGGAGCGGAGGGAGAGGAGGAGGAGGAGGAGGAGGAGGAGGAGGAGGAGGAGGAGGAGGAGGAGGAGGAGGAGGAGGAGGAGGAGGAGGAGGAGGAGGAGGAGGAGGAGGAGGAGGAGGAGGAGGAGGAGGAAGAAGUACUAGUGGUGAAAGCAGUGGGGGAGGAGGGAGAGGAGGGAGAGGGGCUGUUGGUGGUCAAAGCAAUAGUGGAAGAGGGAGGGGAGAAGGUGGUGGUGGUGGUGAAAGGAAUUGGGGCAGGUGGGGAGGAGGAGGAUGAGAGGGGGAAUGCGGGGAAGGAGGGGAGGGGGGGGGAGGAUAGUGAGGAUGGGGAGGCGAAGCAGGGGGAGGGGGGAAGGCAAGAGGAGCAAGAGGAAGGUAGGAGAGUAGCUGGAACAGUUGAUUUGGAAAAUGCUGUGAGACAAUAUCUUGGAGGGAGGGAGGGGGAAAGGUGA